CUCAGGACGACCACAACGCGAAUCUCAACCCUCAACGCUCGUUCAUAUAAGUAAUCGCUACAAUGGGUCUACCGCCAUGGGAGACGAGCGACAGCCAAUUAUUUGCAUUGAUAACUGGCGCCAAUAGGUAAGCACAACAAUGGCGAAUCAUGCUCAAAACUGCCACCCCGCCAUGAACUUCCGAUCCGCGCUGCUGCAUGCUGCAGUUGGUUUCUAGGUCCUUUUUCCACGUUUCGCGCAUGAUGCUGAUACCUUGACAGCGGUUUAGGCUAUGCCAUUGCAGCCAGACUCAUCGAUGAAUUCAUCACCUCCCCCGCCACGUCUCCGAGCAAGCACCUUAUCCUAAUCCUCUGCACACGCACACCGUUGAAUACACGCUUUACCAUCUCGAGACUUCGCGCCCAUUUGAGGAGAUGUGUUGAGUAUUCCGAGUAUGCUAAGAAGCUGGCCCAGAAGGCGAAGGCACAGGGCAAAACAUACAAAUGGGAGGAUCAGGUUCAGAGGGUGCAUUUCUUGGGGGUAGAGGUUGAUCUUUGCGAUUUGAAGGGUGUAUAUCGUCUUACGGACAGACUCGUCAAUGGCACUGUAGGGAGUCCGGAUGCGACAACUAUAGAUGGCCGCAAGCUUCCUCACGGUUCUCCUGGAACGCAGAGCUUCUCGGGCAAUAUACAGCAGGAUCGUUGGGCCUUGAGCCAAGAGCCCGGUUCUGUUGGGGCGCAGAGAUCAUGGGGCUGGGGAUUGAGUGGCAUCCGCAUACCAAGAUUGGAUGUAGUCAUUCUCAGUGCGGGGAUUGGGGGUUGGGCUGGUGUUAAUUGGCCUGUUGCUAUUCGAGAUGUGCUAUUCGAUACCGUGGAAGCAGUCACCUACCCCAAGUUCAAGAUCCCAACCAUUGGAGCCCGUUCUAAGCCUCAAUCGUCCUACGGCGCAAAGAAUGGCACUAAGGAUGAAGAGAGAGAGCCAUUACUUGCGGGAAAAUCCGAAUCUACCGAACCUCCGCUUGGUAAAGUUUUCUGUUCAAACAUCUUUGGUCACUAUAUUCUCGCCCACGAACUAAUGCCCCUUUUAUCUCGCCCUGCCUCACCUACUUCCAAAUCGGGCGGAAAGAUAGUUUGGGUUUCAAGUAUUGAGGGACUACCAGAAAAUGUCUCUCUUGACGACAUACAAGCCCUCAAAUCCAAAACACCUUACGAAGACACAAAAGGUCUCAUCGAAAUCAUGUCUCUCACCUCAAGUCUUCCUUCUGUUCAGCGUGCCGUCUCCUCCUAUUUCGAUAGCUCGAAGACGGUUUCCGCCUCAAAAUCCAAACGGGGGGAGAAUGAAGAAAAGGAAGAACUCCCACUCGUCAAGCCUAAAAUAUAUCUCACCCACCCCGGAAUCUUCUGCUCUGAAAUCAUGCCGUUACCCGCGAUUAUGGUAUUCUUCUACAGACUGAUCUUUAUCUUUGCGCGCUGGAUCGGGAGUGUUUGGCAUCCAGGUCAACCGUAUAAAGCGGCUGUUGCGCCGACCUGGAUUGCUCUCACUGACGAUGAGGUUCUUAAGGACAUGGAAGGUGGUGGCAUGCAAAAGGCGAAGUGGGGCUCGGCUUCUAAUAGGAGUGGGGAGGAGAGGGUUAUGAAGACUGAGGUGAAGGGGUGGGGUUGGAAUGGUGUUGUUGGGGCUAAAGAAGGGAGUCUAGGGAGGAAGAGAGGUGCGGUUGAUGUUACGAAAGAGGAGAGGGAGGAUUUUGAGGUUCUGGGUGCGAAGUGUUGGGCGGAGAUGGAGGAGUUGAGGAGGAGCUGGGAGGGGGUUUUGGGGGUUAGGGAUACGGAGAAGUGA